CUUUUUUGUAGCGUGUAGCCAACGGGAAAACGUUGAUACACAGUCUGUCAAACGUGCCUGUCACUGCAUGAGGGGACUAUUCCCAAAUUCAGAGGUUUAAAUGGCAAAGUUAAGAAACAUGAAUGCAACCCUGAUACCUAUUUAACAGUGACUGCAUGGUCGGGGCUAAAUUCGAAAACUGCUAACUGUUAGUAGGUUAGGCCAACCAAGUGUAUUUGGUGAGCAAGCUAGCUACUAUUCUAGUUUAAGAGGUAACGUUAAAGAAUAUGGGGAGUUCAUUUCGGGCGUACGUUUGGAAAUGCACAGCAAAGUAUGUCGCGUUGAAUAGGGGUUGUUGCAUUCCUAACUUUUAUAGAACCACCGUUAGACUAAACUGUGCUAGUACGCGGUCCAGUGAGCGAAAAUGGUGGAAACCAUCGGGAUUUGAUACAGGGUUAAAAGUAUACAACAGCCUCACCAAACAGAAAGAGCCACUUAUAUUGGCAGAGGAGGGGGUCGCAAAAUGGUACAGCUGCGGACCUACUGUGUAUGAUCAUGCGCAUCUUGGACACGCAUGCUCCUAUGUUAGAUUUGACCUUGUGCAAAGGGUUCUGUCAAAGGUUUUUGGAAUAAAUGUCAUCCACGUCAUGGUCAUCACUGAUAUUGAUGAUAAAAUCAUAAGAAGAAGUAUGGAGAAGAACAUGUCACCCACUGUACUUGCCAGAAUGUAUGAGGAGGACUUCAAACAAGACAUGUUAGCCUUGAAGGUUAUUCCUCCAGUUGUUUAUAUGCGUGUGACAGAGAACGUUGCCCUUAUCGUGGCUUUCAUCGAACAAAUCAUACAAAAUGGACAUGCCUAUGCAACAGCGAGUGGAGAUGUCUACUUUGAUGUAGGGUCCAUGGGUCACAGCUAUGGCAAAUUUAUGAACAUGGGAGAGACGGCCGGAGAAUCAGAGGGGACAAAUAAGAGGGACAUCAGGGACUUUGCUCUAUGGAAGGCCUCCAAACCGCAAGAGCCUUUCUGGGAGUCGCCAUGGGGACCUGGAAGGCCUGGAUGGCACAUCGAGUGUUCUACUGUUGCUAGCUCUGUCUUUGGGAGUCAGCUGGACAUCCAUUCGGGGGGGAUCGAUCUGGCCUUCCCCCACCAUGAGAAUGAGAUCGCCCAGUGUGAGGCUCAUCACCAGUGCACACAGUGGGGGAACUACUUCCUCCACUCAGGUCAUCUUCAUUUGAAAGGAAGUGUAGAGAAGAUGUCAAAGUCCUUGAAGAAUUAUAUAACUAUUAAGGAUUUUCUACAGGCCUAUACUGCAAAUGAAUUCCGUAUGUUUUGCCUCUUGACAAAAUACCGAUCAGGAAUAGAGUACAGCGACAAGAGCAUGAGUGAAGCACGCAGUUCAAUGGCCACCAUCUCUUCUUUUACCCACAAUGCUCAGGCUUACAUGCAGGGCCAUGUUCUGUGCCAACCCAUAGACGAGGCAGUGCUGUGGCAGAGGCUAGCUUCUACCCAAACCAAUGUGCGUGCAGCUCUGGCUGAUGACUUUGACACCCCAAAAGCAGUGGAUGCCAUCAUGAACCUCAUUCAUCAAUGCAACUGUCAGCUUCAGACUGUCUCUAAGACUGCAGGACUGUCAAGAAGUCCAGCUGUAUUUGGGGCUGUCCUCUCCUACCUAAGGGACAUGAUGGAGGUGUUUGGAGUUGACCUGCUGGACAGAAAGGACUCCUGUGGUGUAGAUAGCUCCAGAGUCCUUGAGAAUGUGGUGGAGCAGUUGGUGCAGUUCCGCAGCGAAGUACGCAACUUUGCUCUGGAGGUGAAUGAGUCUGGUGCUGCAGAUGGCAAGAAGCACUUACACUCAGACAGACGACCCCUGCUGAAAGCCUGUGACGCCUUGCGGAGGGAUUUGGCUCCAUUAGGGGUUCAUGUCAAAGACAGAGGCACAGCCUCCACGUGGGAGAUCACACAGCUAAGAAGAGGCAAGGAAGAGAGAGAGUAGCUGUCUAUUCUCUGUGAACGCUGUGGAACAGAUCUUGUGUUAUGUUGGGGUGAUGAACGGCAGUAAACUACAUCAGUAGUUGUCAACUCUUUGUCAGUGUUGCCGCUGUGACAGCAAUUCUGUGAUACUGUGUUUUUGUAGUCAAAUAUAUGUCAUCCCUGUGCACACAUUAUUUAUGGUAGCAGCUUACUCUCUCUCACCCACACACAAACUAAUGAAAACAGCGAUUGCUGUAUUCAUUUUCAGUCAUGAAAUAGUUUAAACAAAUCUCAAAUAAUACCAAUUUGUAGAAAUGCUGAAAAGAAAAAUAUUUGAAAAGAGAAUCUGAGAAUAAUACACUGGACAGUUGGCAGCAGAAGACUUUGGAAAAAAGGAAAAUAAAAUGUUGCCUGCUGGUACCCUGAUGCCCAUGUACCAAUAAUUGACCAUUUUAAGCUUGGCCUACCAUUUUAUGGGAGCGAUGAGGCACAGGUGGGGCUUGAAAAGGCCCCCUUGUUCAAAGUGGGGGAAUGACAGAAAAAGUUUGAGAACCACUGCCUUAUACCAUCUAAAUGGUAAUGGUAAGGUGAUGCCAAACUACUUGCUUACAAAAACAAACAUCAGAAAGUGGCAAAUUGCUUCAUACGGUUCCUUUAACUCAACUAAAAGCUAACCUACUAAAUUGAAAAAAAAUAUGCUUAUUUGUAAUAUCUAAACAUGGAUACAAUCAGAAUCCGAACUGUUUUUUUUUUUUUUGGCCAAGUAUAUUUUCACAUACAGGAAAUUGACUUGGUGUGGUUGGUGCAUAGGACAUAAAACAACAAUAUAACAGCUGUAUAACAGAUAAAAUAGAAGCUAAGAGAUCCAGCUCCAGUAGUAGUUCUUUAUUGAGGGUGUGGUGCAUGAACCCUCUGAACACUUCAUAUGGGUAGCAUGGUAUUGACACCAUAUGGUAUCAUUCCCUGUGGGCUAAUUGUUAUCAUAUAACUGUUUCCCCUGCUCUGCAGUAGUCUGCAAUAUAAACAACCAGAGGUGGGACAUGUUAUUGCUUGGUAAGUAACAAGUAGCCUAAGUCUCAAGUCCUAACGGUCUUGAUUUCUGGAUGACAGACGGUAAAAAUGAUAAGUAAAAGCCCAAGAAUACUGCAGUAUAACAGCACGAACGAAAUAAUCUUACUUCACUUAAUCCAUAUAGCGGUAAAGCAUUUUGACAUGUAAUGCUCUGUUGUUAGCCAAGGUUGUAUUUUGAUGCUUUAGUGUGGUCUAUCAAACUACACCACUUUUGCAAUUGUUCAGAGAAAUGUCUCACCUUAAAAUAAAAAUACCAUACCUCCUUU